AUGAUCUCGGCCUGGCAGGACGGAGCGAAACCAUUGAAGAAUUCUCCAGAGUCGUAUCUCAUCAUAACCGUCUCCGCUCCGCCGGUAUCAUGGAAGGAUCUGUUCGUGCGAUGGUUCCACACUCUUCACGAUCAAAGCCUGCUCCAUGUUUUACCUCUAGAAACCCUACCAAGCAUCACGGACGACGACAAUGGUCCUGGUGGCAGUGCAACGGAGCUCACGAUCUGGGAUACGGAUCCGGGCAUCCCCGUACUCACCGAGUGGUACGAAGAAAACCACCCUGGCAGUUACUAUGAGCCCCAUUGUGUUGCAUUUUCACCCGACGAGGCACAAUUCGCGUUUGCUUCCCCGACGGCCAUCCACAUGUACGCUCUCCCCCUUGCGACUAGCUCUACAACAUCUAGCAAUGCCCCCCAUAAAAUCGGUCGCCUUUCACUGGAUGCUCAAGACACGCAUUUCGUCGGGGUUCUCUGGUCGUUGAACGGCACACAGAUAUUUGUUCAAGACGCCCUGGCUCGAGUGCAUGUCUGCGACGCUUCGAGCUUCGCCCAUCUCCGCUCGCUCCUCGUACCAUCUUCCGAACUGGCCGAGAUUCAGUGCGAGAGCCUCUUCGAUCGGUCUCAUGGCUUAUCCGCAGUCGGCCACCAUAUUCUUUCAAUUCUACGAUUCCGGCUGGAAGGCGAGGCGAAGACCUACUAUAUCUUUGUUUGGGACUCGAGCACCGGGACCUGCCGUUACAAGUCGACCGACAGCCAGAGCCCUAGUCUCGGCAGUAAAUUGUGGAGCGAAAUGGUACAAGUAGAAGAUCAGUUACAUAUCAUCUCUGUAUGCGGGGAUGGAACUCUGCGCAAAUCGAAGAUCACAUCAACGGUCGAGGAUACCCAUGUCGUCACGCAGUUGUUUUCGGAAAGCACCAAAAUUCCCUUCUCUUCCUCACCCUUCACCGCCGACGGUGCUCGUCGAGUCCUGGUGCUGCUGAACCGUCGUUCAUUGUCGGUGGUGGACACGAUGACCGGGUUCGCGCUUUUUCGUCUCAAUCGCACUGAAGAUAUCGAUGCCAUGGAGUGGUCCGCAGAUGGGCGGACGGCAAUAUUUGUGGCCGAAGAAAACGGGAUCUAUACCUGCUGGAUCUGGAACAUCGAAGAAGGUACCACAAAGGCCGUCUUUCGGUGGCCGCACGGCUCCGGUUUUUACGGGCUCGAGAUUUCCGCAGACGGGUCGAUGGUCGGAUUCUCGAGCUGGCAUGGAGAUGUUGUUUUCCGCCGUGUCAGUGACCUCAUGGCCUCUGCUUUGGACCUGUAG